GCAGGCUUAGCUUAUAGUUCAACGGGAUCUGAGUUUACUCAAUGGGAAUACAUUUAUGUCCAUAAUCUAAUGCUGCGUUGCUUCAGUUGCUUGUAGAUAACUUUCGCUGAGUCGCUGACUGAGAAUUGCGGGUAAAUGGGGAUUUUCAAGGCAUUCGAUUACGUUUAACCUAAAACGCGCGAUUAACAUUCCAAUGAAAUUAUUGUUAUUGUUUCGAAAGUAUAUCACUAUGGUCGGGUUAUCAUGUUUGAUGAUAAAAAAGGGUAUUUAAGACGCGAGCCAUACAAGAAACCGUGACGACUUCACAUUGGAGUGACUGCGUGAUUGAUUUUUUUGCAGCAGUCGACGACGUCCAAAUAGCGUAUGUAAAUAAACUAGUUUGUUUGUCUUAUCUUUAUCUGAAAUACUUUUAUUCAAAGUGCAUAAUAUAACUUGAUGGUUUUGAGCUAGGUUAUUAUUAUAGAAUAUAGUUUCGUGUAUGACUGAUAUCCAAUAUCAAAGAGUGUUACUCCCCAAAAAAUAUCAAUUAAUUCAACGGCAAAAAUGGUAUUCAAAUAUCAAAACUGAAUUUUGUGCUAUUCAGUAAUCAGCCAAUCGCAGAUUGUCUUGAAUACGAAUAUAAACGAAGAUCACGUGUCGAACGCUAGUAUAUAACUAAAUAUCCGCCUACAGAGGUCUCUUUUCCAUUACAGCCGAAGAACUAUACAAACGAUUAGAUUAGUAGUGAUAAACGCAUCCAUUCUAGGUUCAGAAUGCCGCAAAAUAAUCUAACUAACGGAUACGCUAAUGGCCACAUUGAAUACGAAAUGGAAAAUGGAUCGAAUUUUUUAUUUACGUCCGAAUCGGUGGGAGAGGGACAUCCAGAUAAAAUGUGUGACCAAAUUAGCGACGCAAUUCUGGAUGCCCACCUACAACAAGAUCCAAACGCCAAAGUAGCAUGUGAAACCGUAACAAAAACUGGAAUGAUAUUACUGUGCGGCGAAAUUACUUCAAAAGCUGUCGUCGAUUAUCAAAAAGUGGUUAGAGAAACUGUGGAACACAUCGGUUACGAUGACUCCUCCAAAGGGUUUGACUACAAGACAUGCAAUGUACUGUUGGCUUUGGACCAGCAGUCUUCCAAUAUUGCUGCAGGCGUACACGAAAAUCGACCAGAGGAAGAAUUGGGGGCCGGAGAUCAGGGCUUAAUGUUUGGAUACGCAACAGAUGAAACAGAAGAAUGUAUGCCACUCACAGUGGUAUUGGCACACAAACUUAACCACAGAAUUGCAGAACUUCGAAGGUCUGGAGAAUUUUGGUGGGCGAGACCAGAUUCAAAAACACAGGUUACCUGCGAGUAUAACUUUGACCAUGGAGCUUGCAUACCUGUCCGUGUACAUACAGUAGUGGUGUCGUUACAACACAGCGAUAAAAUUACUUUGGAAGAACUUAGAACCUCAGUUUAUAAUAAAGUGAUAAAAGCAGUGAUUCCGGCAAGAUACUUGGAUGACCAAACCACUGUUCACAUCAAUCCUUGUGGAUUAUUUAUAAUUGGCGGUCCACAAAGCGAUGCUGGAUUAACUGGAAGAAAAAUUAUAGUGGACACUUACGGAGGAUGGGGCGCACACGGGGGUGGUGCAUUUUCAGGAAAAGAUUUUACAAAAGUUGACAGAUCCGGUGCAUAUGCUGCAAGAUGGGUAGCCAAAUCAUUAGUUAAAGCGGGCUUGUGCAGACGGUGCCUUGUACAAGUUGCAUAUGCCAUUGGAGUAUCGGAACCUCUGUCCAUCACAGUUUUUGAUUAUGGAACAUCAAAGCUUACACAAAAAGAACUUCUGGCAGUUGUAAAUAAUAAUUUCGAUCUUCGCCCUGGAAGAAUUGUUAAAGAUUUAAAUCUUCGGCAGCCAAUUUACCAAAAAACCAGCAUAUAUGGACAUUUCGGUCGGGACGGUUUCGCGUGGGAGCAACCAAAGGUGCUUCGUCUUAACUGACCUUCACUUUCUUUGCCUAGAUCAUUAUUCUAAUUUCUCGUAUGUAAUUGUUUUAGCUGUCCUUGUCCACCAAGAAUCCCAAAUGAUGGCACUCUGAACCUUGGGCUGUGUUAUUGAAGUUGGCUAUAAGUAGGUUUGCUUGCAUAAACCACAGAACAUAAAUCUGCAAUUGUUGUGUUGAGUGAAAGGGUCCGUU